AUACGUGCAGCAGAAAAAAGAAAAGGACGACGAUGUCUAAAAAGGACGAUGCCUUCGAGCCUGGCAAGCUCCGGCAGUUUCUCAUUUCACUGAUCGCUAAUCUGUCGUCGCUGUCAUUCGGGAUAAUGAUAAGCUGGCCAUCGUCGACGUUACCACAACUACAGGGCAAGGACUCGCCGAUUAAUGGCGGACCGAUGACGGAUGAAGCUGCAUCCUGGUUGACCGGGAUAAUGUGUCUGACGGCGGCCGCAACGAGUUCGAUGGUCGGCUUUUCGGCGAACAUGCUCGGCCGUAAAUUAACCGCAUGUCUCAUGGGUCUGCCUCUCUGCUUGUGUUGGCUGUUUACCAUUUUCGCAACGGAACAGUGGCACCUGUUCGUCGCGCGAUUCUUCUCGGGGAUAUCCGGCGGUAUGGUCUUGUUCCUGAUACCGAUGUACGUGUCUGAAAUCGCGAGCGACGGGAUACGCGGGAUGCUGGGCAGUCUGAUGGUAUUCCUAUUGAACGGUGGCGUUCUUCUCGGGUACAUACUCGGCGCACUGCUCUCUUACCGCGUAUGCGCGAUCGUCGCAUUCUUGUUCCCGCUGUUCUACAUCGCUCUUUUCGUUUUCGUACCGGAAUCACCCGUCCAUCUGGUGCGACGGAACCGAAUCAACGAAGCGACCAAAUCACUGAUGUGGCUGAGAGGCAGUCACAGACCGACGGUCGAGCAAGCUUUGUCGCAUUUGCAAACAGAAGCGAAAGAACAGAACAUUACGGGGCGGACGAUCAAGCUGUCGGAUCUGUUCCGCGACCGAGCAACGAUCAAAGGACUCGUUAUUACGCUGGGAUUGUUCAGCAGUCAACAAUUAUCCGGAAUAAACGCCGUGAUGAGCUACACGCAGUCGAUCUUCGAGACGUCUGGGAGUUCGUUAUCGCCGAACAAUUCGGCGAUCAUCGUCGGCUUUAUUCAGCUUUGCGGUUCGUUUCUGUCGACCACGUUGAUGGAAAGAGCGGGCAGAAGAUCGUUGAUGUUGACGUCCUGUUUCAUGAUGUCCACGUGCCACUGCAUACUCGGGGUGUUCGGCUAUCUGAGGACGUUGGGACACGACGUGAGCCAGUUCAGUUGGAUCUCGAUCGUGGCCUUGUCCUUUUACAUGAUCGCUUAUAGCCUGGGUAUGGGACCGGGUCCGUACGUCGUCUCCUCCGAGAUACUCAGCCGAGAUAUCUCGAAUUUGAUGAUGACCAUAGCGAUGUGUUACAUGUGGCUGAUGGCGUUUCUGGUUGUCAAAUUAUUCCCAAGCAUAGUCGACGCUAUCGGCAUGCACGGUUGCUUCUUCCUCUUAGGGGGAUUCUGCGCGGCUACUCUCCUCUUCAUUUUCAUCCUCGUCCCGGAGACCAAGGGAGAACCGCGACAAGUUAUUUUAGAUCGGCUCAAUGGAAUAUCGCGACCGUUAGCUGAAAAGCUGUACAUCUCUUCUAGUAACGUCAUCGAAAAGAGAGCCGAGUCACCCGAACUAGUUUGA